CACUAAUCGCGGAUCAUCGUCUCGUCCUUAUUCAUCGUAUACAACAUCAUUACCUAAUGCAUCUGAUACUAGCUCAAAUUCAUCCACCGCUGGUACUCAAACAGAUUCUUCGGCAGCAUCUCCACAACGUUUGAGACGAAGGCUAACUCGAAUUUCUGCGCGAAGAUUAUUUAAUGUGGGGGGGCCUGAUUCUGAAAGCAAUAAUAAUUCUAAUAACAACAACGAGGAUAAUGAUGCAGAAAACCAAGUUCUGGGCCGUUUAUUGUCUAUGGCAGCGGCUGCAACAGCGCGAUCGCUUGUUGAAAGCCAGGAAAAUGCGGUAAUUGAAGCCGAACGUGCUGCCAGUGAGGGUCAUGAUGGAAGUUUUGAAAGUUUCUUAGCUGCUUUACAGAGAAGACGCCGUGAAGCUUCUAAUAGACCUUCAAAUCAGACAACGUCAUCUUCAACAUCUGAAGAACAAGCUUCAUCUGAUGGAAAUACACCUAAUUCACAGUCAUCUCAACCAAUGUCAUUUUUCCGCUUGUUUCGAUUUGGUGGGCCUCGUUCUUCAUCGCAACAAAAUCCAACUACCGAAACUAUGUCAGAUCAGUCUUCAUCCACAACAGUAAAUGAACCUCCUAAUAAUGAAAAUAAUGGACCGCAUAUGGUUCCUGUUAUCAUUAUUGGCAUCCGAAGUGUUCCACCAAGGGAAGACCCUACGAGUACUCUUCCUCAGUCGCAACAGCCCGAAAACAAUAACUCAACCAAUGACACACGGAAUUCACCUGGAAACCGACCUACCAGAGCUCGUUCCUCUUCAACUUCAAAUAGAACUAUGACUGGAUCUACAGCAUCCACUGGGACUCAAACACCUCCUGCGCGUUCAUGGAUUAUUUACGUUUUAGGUGGUACAUAUCCUUCUACCCAUCCUCUCCUAACUACUCCAUCGUUAUUUUCUGAUAAUCCCACUUAUGAAGAUAUGGUGCUGCUAUCGUCUCUUAUUGGCCCAGCUCGACCUCCAACUACUACACAAA